AUGCAUGGCACGAUGAGCUCAAGCAAGGAUAAUGGUGAUGAGGGAUCAAAUGGUUGUGGUAUGUCACAAGAAACAAUGAGUAGGGUGAAGAGAAAGAGAUCAGAAGUUGCGGAGAAGGUGGCACAACGGUGGAAGAGCUACAGGUACAGUGCCGACAUUGAAAACAAAACUACGGAUGACCACAGCGAUGGCGAUGGCCACAACGAUGACGAGUGUGUCAUAAUCAAUGAGUCCAAGGUGAUAGACUUGACCGGGCCAGAACAUGACUUGGAAGCGAAAGAAGAAGCCUGUGGUGCGGGAAACAAUGCAGUCUUCAAACUGAUCAAAUCAGAUUUCUAUGAGGCAGGGGAUUUCGUGGGAGUGGCAGACGAUAUGAUAACUCUGAAAGAUAUAUUCUGUGAACAAAGCCUCAAAAGAAGCAUAUUAUUCAGUUUCCAAUAUGAGCUUGAUUUCUUGUUGAGACAAUUCCAUGAGAAUAUAGAUAACAUAACAAUUGUGGGCCAAAAGGGGACGAUUGUGCCUGUAGAAGCCCGAACUAUGGGUGCGGCACUAUUAGGAACAUUGCGCAAGAUUAAACUCAUCGAAAUCACCAUGCCCCCCUAUGCCUCCCACCACACUAAGCUGAUUAUAAACUUUUACGAUAAUGGCGAAUGCAGGAUAUUUUUGCCAUCCAAUAACUUUACAUCAAUGGAGACCAACCUGCCCCAGCAGGUGUGCUGGUGCAGUCCCGUUUUGCAAAUAGACAAAGAACAGCCGCCAGUGCCAUUCAAAACAGAUUUGAUAAAGUACCUCACGUCAUACCAUGUGAAAGACAUUGACGAACUAAUCACAAGAAGCGUCGAGACAGUCGAUUUUGCGCCGUUAAGCGAACUGGAGUUUGUAUAUUCUACACCUUCUAGAUUCCAAUCCUCAGGCUUGCUGUCUUUCUACGACAAACUAGAAGAACUUUCAACUGGCGCCGCGACUGGCGACAUUACAAAGCAUUAUCUAUGCCAAACUUCAUCCAUAGGAACAUCUAUAUCAAGAGCACGGGACGAGAACUUAUGGACACAUCUGAUGAUCCCUUUGUUCACGGGGAUCAUAUCUGCUCCAGUGGAGGGCACUCAUGGGAGAAAGAAAGUGAAAGUACCGACAACGGACUCCCUGGUGGCAGAGUAUACUCAAGGCAGGAUCAAGCCGUAUAUCAUCUUUCCCACCGAACGUGAAAUCAUGACCAGUCCCCUGAGGCAGGCGAGUUCCGGAUGGUUCCAUUUCCAAUACCUGCAGAAAAGGAGCUACUACGAGAUGCUGCGGAACCAACUCAAAGUCUUCUACAAGCAGGACCUGGCUACAGUUACCAGGAGACGGGGCACCACGCCUGCACAUUCCAAGUUCUACAUGCAUUGUACAACGCAGCCUGCAGAGUCCUGCGACGCAUCACGAGCAUUCCAAGAGCUGGAAUGGUGUCUCUACACCUCAGCGAACCUCAGCCAAACUGCAUGGGGCACCGUUUCCAGGAAACCUCGCAACUAUGAGGCCGGAGUACUUUAUCAUAGUAGUAAACUGGCAGGAAUCCAAAGGGUCACGUGCCGAAGCUUUACACGUGACCGACCAAGCAAGGGGGGUAACCCGAGUCACGUGGCCGUACCCUUCACUCUGCCAGUCGUACCUUACGGCGCGGCUGAGGACGAGUGCUUUUGUCUUGCUCGUCACGAGAAUGAAUAG